AUGACGGCCCGCCAUCACGCCAUCGUCCCCUUCGUCCUUUCGGCGACAGGGGCUUCAAAGCAAGAGCAGCAGGAGGAGGAGGAGGAGAAGGGCGAGAGUAGAGACCCGCCUCACGAAGGCCCGGCGAACGAUUCGUUAUCGUUGACGUCGUCAUCAUCGUCUCCGACUGUCCGGCUUUCGUCUUCGAGAAGGCGUUCUUGGGACAGGGGAAGGAUGGCAAUCACCAGCAGCUUCAGGACACUCGUGUCGCCGAACCUGGAUGCCGACGUGGGUGAUGUUACCCCGCGACGACGACCCGGAUCACGGCGGGAGGACGGCAGACGCGGUGAAUCCACCCCCGACCGUGGCAAUCUCCCGGCCGAGAGCGGCAAGCCGGCCGCAGCAGCAGCUGCGGAGGAGAGAUCAGCAGCGGCGAGAGCGUCAGCGGCGGAACCGAGAUCUGCCAGGUCGAAACGCUUGCCAUCCCCACGGAUCAUGCCGUGGCCGUCGCCCGGACCCGCCCGCAUGUCCGGGGAUGCUCCCCUUCCAUCCCCGGGUUCCCCACUCCCACGAAGGCGGUCGCUCUCUAUGAACUCCGCCGUGUCGGACUCUUCGCAGUUGUCUGAUCACCAGCAGCAGUGGGCUCAAGCUUCUCGCGCGAAAGCGACGGCCGAGGGCCCCGCAGAUGGCCUUACGGCGGCGGUUCUCCCGCACGUAAGCCGCCGCCGCAGCGGUCGUGGUGGUGGUGGUGGUGGUGGUGGUGGUGGUGGUGGUGGUGGUGGUGGUGGUAGCGGCGAAACUGGCGGGGUGUCUCCUUCUUCGACGCAUCGCGGGAACGUUGGGAGGCUGUUGCGCAGCAGCAGCGAGAGAGGGGGAGUGGCGGUCUUCGACAGCGACAAUGGAGGCGGCAGCGGCGGCACCCCCCGGCUGGUCUUGCCCAGGCGAACGUCUCUUGGCGCCACUGGUUCUUCAGGGUCCGGGUUCAACCUCGGUGUCAGCACCACCACCACUACCACUAACAACAACAGGAACGCCUUUUCGGGUGGGAGAGCGGGGACGCGCGAGGAGAGCGCUAGCCCCGAGCUCGUGGGGUUUACUAGAGAGCAGAGGAAGCGGGAGGGGAGCGGGGCCAGCGUCACCAGCUUGCGCUCGCCGAGCACGCCGUCUGGGCGGAGGGCCAGUGGGGGCCCGCUAUCUAGGUUGAUGCCUGCGCCGACGGGCAGCAUCGUCUCGGAAGGGGGAGACGUUUCCACAGGCAGCGACAACAAGUCUGUCAAGUCCGACGUGUUGGCAGAAGAGCAGCCAGCAUCGACGGCGGCAGCACCAUCCGGCGGCUCCGGUAACCUUGCGAAGAAGAAGAAGACGUUCAUGGAAAAGUUCGGCGACAUGCUCGAGGCUGCCGCGGAGACCGCCAUACCCGCCGCCCCCGGCGGGGGGGGGGUAGGGUACGGUAGCCGCGCUGCUACCGCCGGGCCCCGUGAGUGGGAGCAGUGGGACGCCCCUCUGCUUCUAGAGUUCAUGAAGGAAGAGGCUCGAACGGCGGCGGACAAGGCCCGAAAGGAGGACAUCGCUCGCACCGGGGGAGACAAGGACAAGCUUGUAGCCUUGGUCAAGACAUGGUACACGCCCUUCUUGUCUCAGGCGGAGUUUAUCCGGCAAAAGGAAGCCCUGACCACCCAGCACGUGGGGACGGUGGACAAUUCGGGUCGGUGCGUAUCCGCCAAAACAUCGUCAUUAGCGUCCCCAGUCAGAGGAAGGAGGGGCGGGGAAGGCGGACCACUUUCCCCGGCCAUCGGCUCCGCCGACCUUUCCCCAGGCCUCUUUCUCUCGAGGCGCUCCCGUGCCAAGGACACCUCUCCAAGAAGCACGAAACCCGGGGACGCUUUGCGGCUGUCCCCUGCCCCCGAGGAGAGCGGGCUUGAGCUCGGCGGAGGCGUUUUCGACACCGCCUCUGCAAGGAGUGCCGCGGCCGGGGAGGGGGCCGGGGGUAUUUACCGUGCGGUAGUGGUCGGGUACGUGGUCGAUGGAGGAGGGGGCUGGAGGAAGGUUGGUUCUGCUUUUUCUCGGGACAUUCACUUCCUGGUGGAGGUGGAGGUUUUUUCGGCCGGGGGAGGGACCCGUUUUUGGGCGUGUUACAAGCGGCAAGUGGUAUCGGGGGGGGGGGGUAGGGACUUGUAG